AUGGCGGAAUCAACAACAAAACACAGGGAAGCUACUGAGUUGAAAACUGAACUUUUGCAGCUUAUGGAAGCGGUACAGGGCGAUAAAAGUAGGAAAAAUCGAAGCUUUUCAAUGUCGUUUAAAAGAGAGGCAAUAUCCUUCGCCGAGGAAACAACUAACCGGUGUGCCGCAAAGAAAUUUAAAGUAGACGGUAAGCGAAUUCGCGAGUGGAGACAAAAUAAACAGCUGAUUAUCGAAGCAUGUGAGAAGGGAAUUGAAAAACAUAGACUUAAAGGUGCUGGAAGAAAAGUGGCGCAUCAAGCCAUGGAGAAAGAACUUAUACGAUGGUACGAACAGCAAAGGUCUGUGGGUGUACUGGUAUCGCGUAGAAUCGUCAUGGAAAAGGCGAAAAUACUUUACAAUGAAAUGUGUGAUGAUGAGAAUAAGAAGGGUCAGUUUAACGCAAGUGCUGGAUGGCUUCAAAAAUUUCAACAAAGAUAUGGACUGUCAUUCAGGGAGAAAAAAGUCAACAGUCCCCAACCAAAAUCAUCCACCAUUGCAAAUGUGAGCAUGGUGCCUGAAAUUGAUGUUCAAAUUCAUGUAAUAUCACAUGAAUAA